AUGACGGUAAAAAAUGCUUCAACCAUCGCACAAAAUGGAAAAUUUUCUGCUAAAAAAAGCGGAAACAAAAGCGGAAACAAAAGCAAAGUUAAAGAGGAGCCGGAUGUCAAAAUGGAAGACGCAGAGUCUACAGGAUCCGAAAGUGAUGUUCCUCUCGCUCGCAGGAAGUCUACACUAAAUGGAAAAAAAAGAGGCACAACAAAUGGACAAAAGACGGCUGUGAAACAAGAGGAGAAAUCCGAUUCUGACGAUCAUUCGAAAGUACCCGGCCGCAGGAAAAUUCGUAUAGUGGCCUCUGAAUCUGAAAACAUUUCGGGAUCUGAUAGUGACGUGCCACUUGCACAGCUGAAAGCGAAAGGUUCAAAAUCGGAAGCUAAUACUUUGGAUAAGGGCAAAUCUUCAAGUUCUUCGACGAAGGAACAGGGAGAUAGCAAAAAGGCAAAAAGGAAGAGGGUAGACUCCAGCGACUCGGAAUAUGACGGCAAGAAUACAGCAGCAAAGAAUGGUUCCAAAAAAUCAAUUAAAAAAGCUAUAGCUUCUCGAACUACGGAGGAUAUCGAUAUGAAAGUACCCGUAUCUGAUGAAGACAUUCCAAUUGUUAAAAAAAAGGGAAAAACAAAUGGAAGAAAAACGGCUAUAAUUAAAGAAGAAUCGGAAGAUUCAGAGAGUGAUGUCCCACUGGCUAAAUUAAUGUCUGGAAAGGACUUCGAAGUUGAUAUUAAAAAACCAAUUAUUAAGACUAUUUCCAAAAAUGUAACAAAUGCCAAAAAGUCCGACACACAACGCAAAAAGAAAAAGGAAGAUUCACCAGAAGAAAGUAUGUCUUCAAAGAAACGAGGGAAACAAAAAGUAAAGGAAGAAGAUUCCGAUAAUGAAGAUGAUGAAGAAUUUAAAUGGUGGAAUCAACAAAAUGAUAACAAUGACGGAAGCGAUAAAUGGACUACAUUGGAACACAAUGGCGUAUACUUCCCUCCGCCGUAUGUUCCUCAUAACGUCAAAAUGAAAUAUGAUGGCAAGGAGAUUACUCUUGAACCUGAAGCUGAGGAAGUGGCCAGCUUCUAUGCUGCUAUGUUGGAUGGACGUAAAGAGAAAGUUGGCAAUUUUCGUAUUGAGCCGCCUGGUUUAUUCAGAGGGCGCGGUGCACAUCCUAAAACCGGAUCUUUGAAGGUAACAAUUAAUAUUGGUAAAGGUGCCAAAAUUCCAUCACCACCAGAGGGUCAUAAAUGGGCAGGUGUCAUCCAUGAUCCCACAGUUACUUGGUUAGCGACCUGGAAGGAGAAUGUCAAUGAUAACAUUAAAUAUGUUUUCUUGGCUGCUAAUAGCUCUUUAAAGGGUCUAAGCGACAUGAAAAAAUUCGAAAAAGCACGGGAGUUAAAGAAACACAUCGGUAAGAUUCGGAACGAUUAUCAAGCAAAUCUCCGACAUAAGAACACUGCUACACGCCAAAUGGCUACAGCUAUGUAUCUGAUUGAUCGUCUGGCUCUCAGAGCUGGUAAUGAAAAAGACAUUAAUGAAGAAGCUGAUACCGUUGGAUGUUGCUCCCUUCGUCCUGAACAUGUAACACUCAUCCCUCCAAACACAGUUAGAUUUGAUUUCUUGGGUAAAGAUUCUAUUAGAUAUAUCAACACUGUAGAGGUUGAAGACCAAGUUUUCAAAAAUCUUGCAAUAUUCAUGAAAGGAAAGGAUGAACCAGAAGACCUAAUAUUUGAUCGAGUAAAUACACAGUUAAAUGAAUUAACUAAAGAAGAAAGUUCAAUAGCCGAAAAGAUAUUCGCUUAUAAUCAAGCAAAUCGUCAAGUCGCUAUUCUUUGCAAUCAUCAACGUUCUGUUAGUAAAGCUCAUGGAAAUCAAAUGAGCAAGAUUGAGGAUAAGAUAAAAGCUUUCAAAUAUCAACGAAUGAAACUUAAAAAAGCCAUAUUAGCCUUGGAACCAAAGUUAAGAAAGAAACGACCCGAACUUCUUGAGGAAGAAUCUGAUCUUGAUGAAGAAUGGAUUAUUGAAUAUGAAAGACAAUUGAUGGAGAAAGAACAAUUGAAAGCUUUGCUUCAAGAAGUUGAUCAAAAGGAGAAAGAACUGGAAAGAGAACGCAUUUCUGGUAAAGUCGAACCUAAAAAAGGCUUAACUGUGGAGAAAGCGGAAGAAAAAAUUCAAACUUUGAAUGCAAAAAUCAAAGAGACAAAACUUUUAAAGGAUGACAAAGAAUCAAAUAAGACUACUGCAUUAGGUACAUCCAAGAUCAAUUACAUUGACCCUCGUAUUUCUGCCGCUUGGUGUUUAAAAUACAAAGUGCCUUAUGAGAAGAUUUUCAAUAAGAGCUUACGUGACAAAUUCAAGUGGGCUAUUGACAUAGUUGAUGCGGAUUGG